ACAAUGUCCUUUUUGUAAUAUGGUGUUUCCAAAUACACUUCCACCUCGUAUAGAAUCAUAUUUAGCAACUCAUUCUGGAUCUUCAGAUGUAAUUAAUCAAUAUGAAUUUUGCCAUCUUCAUGAUGCUGAAUUUCGUAUUGUUCAAAAUGGCCGACAAAAAAAUUAUCCAUUAACUAUUGAUUUUGACAACCUACCGAAUCGUGUCAAGGAUAUGUUUCCUGAAUUAUUAAACAUUGCGGUUGGAAAAACAAAAAGUUUAUUCAGAGACUUGGCAAUAGAUGUGUAUAAUACAUUGGGAAGAGGUGCAAAAAAGCCAACUGCUGUUAUGGAAAGAUUUAUUAACUUUAUAGUAC